AUGUCCGAACCAACCCCUCGUACCGAAGCAAGAAAAAAGGCCACAGACAUCAAAAAGAAACAAUCUGAUAGCCUUACAGGACUCCCCCCAAACACCCUCCACAUCAGCCUCUAUAUCCGCUCGGACCCACCACUCCCAAACGACUUCCACUGGGCCUUCUAUCUCCACAAAGGCACCAGCUCCACACCCGGAGGAACGAAAUACCACGCACGAGGCAUCGGCGGCGGGUGGAUUGCCGGACACGAGACGACAGCGGGGAUAUUCAUCGAGAACUUCCUAUGCGUGAUCAUUCAAAUCGCAACGAUUGCUCCAUCAGCGCACGGCCGUGUAGAUGAGAUCAUGAGGAGCUACGACGAGUCUCUUAACUCGAUUCCGGGGAUCACGUGUCGCGUGUGGAUACUCACGGUGCUGCGGAAACUUGUUGACGAAGGGUUUGUGCACUGUGAUAUUGGGGAGUUGGAGAAGGAUUGCCUUGAGUUUGGGAAUGAGCAUAGCGUGACGGCUAGUGCUAAUGAGCAGCCUCGUCCGGUUGUCAAGUCGCGGGUUUCCUCUUGA